CAGAAGAUAAAUAGUAGUUUGAACGCGUAGAUUUGUUACAAUGUGAAGACGCACAUUAUCAAGACUACGUUACCGUAACUUUCGAGACGCAGGCCUUUCCAUAAUGAGUACGUCAUCUACAAGCAAACCAAAGACACUAACAGAAGAGGAAAUUGUCGAGGGAUUUAAUCGUUUACGUUAUGAGCAGCGUUCGAUCGCUAGCAAAAUCAAUGACCUGGAGCUUGAUCAACGGGAGCAUAAUAUGGUCAUUAAAGUGUUGCAGUCCGUCGAACCUACUCGCAAGUGUAUGCGAAUGAUAGACAAUGUACUGAUUGAACGUCAGGUGAAAGAUAUUCUACCAGCACUUGAAGCUAGUGUACAGAAAAUGUCUGAGUGUAUUGAAACAUUGUCAAAACAAUUUGAAGCAAAAGGUCGUGAACUUCAACGGUACAAAGCUGAACAUAAGAUAAAAAUUGCUGGUGAGAAAGAACCUACAGAAUCGGAGAAGAAAGAUACUGUAUCGUCAUCAUCUGGUGUGCUAGUAUCCUGAACAUUUUAUUGUACAUAGUGUAAUCACUGUGAAAUGUGAUCAGGAAUAUAUACAUAUAUUGUCGGAUAUACACCCUCCUUUAUAAAAUACAACUAAUCUGUUUCCAUGAUUGCAACAAGUCAUUCAUGAAAUAAAACAUUAUUUCUCUUCGGCUGUUUUUGUUCUUUUUGUAUCCUAACUAGUGCUUUUCUUUCCUUGUUAUCUUGUGACUAUAUGAGUUGUCUGUGGUAUAUUGUUUAUUGACUAAUUCAGUGUGAAUUUAGUGACAAAAGCCGGUGUGUUGAUCACCUGAUUUUAGAAUUAUGCACCAAGAUGUUACAUUUACAGUUCUGUUUAUUGUAAUGUGCUGUUAUCCCGCAUGAAACUUGGGCGAAAAAGUCAUUACUUGUUAAGUCAAACCAUGGUACCGAUUUA